UCUUCACACAACUCACUCCCUCAUUCAACCCUCAUCCACUUUUUUCUACAUUCUCUCUAACAAACAAAAAUGGCACCCAAGGCAGCCGAGAAGAAGCCAGCAGAGAAGAAACCAGCAGCAGAGAAAACCCCAAAACCAAAGGCCGAGAAGAAGAUCCCAAAGGACGCAUCAGCAACCGACAAGAAGAAGAAGAGGCACAAGAAGUCGGUAGAAACGUACAAGAUCUACAUCUUUAAGGUGUUGAAGCAGGUUCACCCGGAUAUCGGAAUCUCGAGCAAGGCUAUGGGGAUCAUGAACUCGUUUAUCAACGAUAUCUUCGAGAAGUUGGCGGCUGAGGCUUCCAAACUCGCCAGGUACAACAAGAAGAACACGCUUUCUUCAAGGGAAAUCCAGACUGCUGUCAGGCUUGUCUUGCCUGGUGAGCUGGCCAAACAUGCGGUUUCUGAGGGGACUAAGGCUGUCACCAAGUUUACUAGCGGUUAGGUUUGUUUGUUUGGUAUGUUUAGAUCUGUAAUUGGUUGUUUUUAAGAAGUCAAGUUCAUAUGCUUUAUGAACUUUUGUUUUAGAUGAUUAAGUAUUUUGUAAUUUUUCUCUUUGGAAUUGGGUUUUAUUUAAGAGGAGAUUUGGAAAUUCAUGUUCGAA